GGCUGGAAAUUCCCGUCCUCGGCGGCUCCUCCCCCGCAGAAAUCCCCUGGCCGCGGUGUAUAUGCGAGGCGGCGCCGAGACCGCCGCUCACUCGCAGCGCCCCGCAGCUCCGUCGCCAUGAUCAGCGCCCGCCGCGCUGCCGAGCCGCCCGCCAUGGAGAGCUACGAGCACCCCAAGAAGGACCGUCAGGGCGGGUUCCCGCUCGACGAUCGCCACGACAGUGGCUUGGACUCCAUGAAGGAGGAGGAGUACCGGCAGCUGGUGAAGGAGCUGGAGGACAUACGGCUACAGCCCCGCGAGCCGCCCGCCUGGGCACAGCAGCUGACGGAGGACGGGGACACUUUUCUCCAUUUGGCAAUUAUUCACGAGGAAAAAGCCCUGAGCCUGGAGGUGAUCCAGCAGGCAGCCGGCGACCGGGCUUUCCUGAACUUCCAGAACAACCUCAGUCAGUCUCCUCUUCACCUGGCAGUGAUAACUGAUCAGCCUGAAAUUGCUGAGUAUCUUCUGAAGGCCGGAUGCGAUCUGGAAGUCAGGGACUUCCGAGGAAACACCCCCCUGCACAUUGCCUGCCAGCAGGGCUCCCUUAGGAGCGUCAGCGUCCUCACACAGUACUGCCAGCCACACCACCUCCUUGCUGUCCUGCAGGCAACCAACUACAAAGGACAUACAUGUCUUCAUUUGGCAUCCAUUCAAGGAUACCUGGCUAUUGUUGAGUAUCUGCUGUCUUUGGGAGCAGAUGUAAAUGCACAGGAGCCGUGCAAUGGCAGAACAGCACUACAUUUGGCUGUUGAUCUGCAGAAUUCAGACCUGGUGUCGCUUCUUCUGAAACAUGGGGCAGAUGUGAACAAAGUGACCUAUCAGGGCUAUUCCCCCUAUCAGCUCACAUGGGGAAGAGACAACUCAAGCAUACAGGAAAAGCUGAAGCAGCUGACCACAGCUGACCUGCAGAUGUUGCCGGAAAGUGAGGAUGAGGAGAGCAGUGAAUCAGAACCUGAAUUCACAGAGGAUGAACUUAUAUAUGAUGACUGCCUUAUUGGAGGACGACAGCUGGCAUUUUAAAGCAGAGCUUUCUGUGAAGUGUCUAUAUACAUAUGUAUAGAAAAAGGACUGACUUUCUUCAUUUAAAAAGAAAGUCGGAAUGUGGAGAGAAAAACCAGGAAGGAAAUACUACACUGCCCAGCAAGGAGAAGGAGCUCAUAAUUUUAACAAAACAGUUCCAGGAUCUGCCCUGUGUUUAAAUACAGGAGUGGGAUAUGUAACAUCAGUAGAGAUCUGUGAUUAUUCACACCACCUGAUAAAGAGCCGUGUAGGCCAUUUUCUCAGCCCUACAAAGGUAACAGACUACACAUCCAACCUGCUCAUUACAGAGAGCUUGCUUGUGGCAUUAAGUACUGCAAGGAACACGUGUACUUUCAUGGCAAGGUGGACUCAUACCAACACCCGUUCUCAGAGCCUGUGUGUUAAUUUGCGUUGGGCUGGUGGCAGUCCCUGGCGUUACUGACUGACCUCAGGUCAGGGUCAUUGCUCUCAGUGGGGCGUUCCAGGUGGAGGAGUCGGACCAAGGGACUGGUGACCUCCUGGCUCAUAGGAGAAAGUAGCAAUAGUGUGAACUGUGGGCAUUGGAAACAGUGUGUUUCACACCAUGUGUGUCAUAAUUGCUACACUUUUUAGCAAUUGUAUAUUGUGUAAAUACUGUACAUUUUUUGUUUAUAAUUAUUUUGGUACAUGUGAGAUAUGUAUUUAUUAAAAAAAGUCAGAUUACUGUA